CUCGAUUCAGUUCUGUUAGGUGUCCUGUGAAGUAUAGAGUUCUUGCUUUUCUGUCACAAGAUGUCCUGGACCCGAGUCUUCGUGCUCUCCUUGCUCCCCGCCCUCCUCCUCCUCCACCUCUUUUCCAGUGAGGUGGAAAGCGCAGCAGUCAAGGACCACUCAAAACCACACGAUCACAAAGGUGCAGCACGGCAGGUUUUCAUGCCCGAGUCGGACGCAUCCAGCUUCAUCAAACACCGCAGUCGCCGCUCAACCCGGUACUACGAGAUCCAAAUCGAGCAGAGGGUAAAGAUUGCUGCAAGUGAGCAGAGAAGGGAGUACAACGAGGAGCAAAGGACUGAGCAAGAGCACUACGUGGAGGAGGUGCGUGAUGAGCAAAAUGAGAGAACGAGGGAGACCAAUGAGCAGUAUCGAGAGUAUCACUAUGACGGCUUAUCUCCUCAGUACUACUGGUUCCACUGAGAGCGCUCAUACUGCCUUCACCUGUACUACAGUAUACUGCCAUCCUUUGUACCAGAGUAUACUGCUAAUACUGUCUUCACCUGUACCGCAGUAGUACCGCCGUCCCAUGUACCAGAGUAUACUGCUAAUACUGUCAUUUCCUGUACCUCAGUAUACUACUAGUAUGUCCAUCAACUGUACCAGAGUAUACUGCUAGUAUUGUCUCUACUGCAAUCACAAUUACAAGAGUAUACUGUUAAUACUGCUAUCAAGUGUACCAGAGUGUACUGAAAGUACUACUAAUACUGCCAUCAACUGUACCAAAAUGAUACUGCUAGUACUGCUUAUACUGCCAUCACCUGUACUAGAGUAUAUUGAUAAUACUGACAUCACCUGUACCAGAGUAAACUACCAAAGUUGUGUCUGUUUUCCUACUUUCAUCAACAAGAUAAACAAUUUCUUUACUUCUUAUUUGUAACAAAAUUGUUCAAUAUGUAUCUCCAUGAAAACUGUUAAAUAUAUAAUAAGCACAGUUUUUGUAUUAAAGGCCACA